GGGCCUGUUGGUGAGUGUCAUGGCGGCGCCUCGGCGGCGGCGAGGAGGGUGAGCUGCGGUUGGGGAAGGGUUGACCGCGAUAUGACACGUGAGAUAUCCCAUUUCUUCUACAACGGUACAUCCAACAUAUCAUGCACUGGAUAUUUCUACAGCAGCGACCUUGUUUACUUUGAAUAGGUCAUUGGUCUGACCGAGAGAAUGUACCGAGAUUGGUGGGUGAUCAGCAUUUAACUCAAUGGGCACAAGUAUGCUACUCUUGUCAAAACUGAGUACUCUUGCGGGAUGUCAUCAACGUUUUUGGAGCAUGACGUCAUUGCUCUCAGGGCAAAUUUAAUCAACUGCAAGUUGAAAACAGUUAACUAAUUUGGCUGCAACAUUAAACAAGAUAUGAUUUUCCUAUACAUGUGAUGAAAUCAAGAAAAUCCUUUUGAUGCAGACAUUUCUGAUCCAUUUCUGUGAAUUAGUACUGUAUCUUUACAAGGAUCAAUCAAUUAAACCUCUUAGCAGUCUAAAAUACGAUAACAAUGGAUGAAAAUAAGGAUCCAACACAGAGAAGAGGAAUACAGUUUAACUCAGGAGAUUGCAACCAACUGAAAGAAGUGUCAAAGAGACCAUUUCCACAGGAGCAAGGAGAACAUUUUCACUUAAAUUUAUAUGACUCAUUGGAGUCUGAUUCUGACAGUUUAACUCAAGAGAAACAAUACCAACUAGAGCUGAAACAUCGCAUUCAGGAUAAUGAAGAAAUGGUAUUUCAAACUUUAGACACUGAUAUGCAGAAUGGAGAUGAUGGAGGCCAGGAUUUCUACGAUAGUCUUGAAGAAAAAGAAGACGAAAAUGAGUUUGACGGAAACAAAUUUGAAGCUGAACACAAGCAUAGUAAAAAAACAAGAAAUCACCUGAGCGACAGAUAUGCCAGCCUAAGGUAUAAUCCUAAUUGGAGGAAUACCAGAGAGGGAGAAGAAAUUCUAUUGUCUAAGGAGGUGAUUCAACAACAAAGCCCACAUCUUAAUGAUUCGCUGAUGAAUUUGCUCCAGGAGUCAAAUGACCUUUUGGAGAAUAAUGUUGCAAGGUCCCAUGAAUUUGAGCAACUAGAUUUAUCAGAACAUAAAAGGCUAUCAUAUAAAUCUCAAGGAAGUAGAUUUGGUUUCAAAGGAAAUGUUAAUAAUGUAGAGAAACAACCUAAAAGAAAAAGACCUCCUUCUCCUUGUAAAUUUGGUGGCAGCAGUCAAGAAGAAUGUGACUCUUUAGAUUCUUCUGCCUCUUAUGAUGAAAAUAAUACAACUGAUUUGCAUGACCACAGAAAAAGUGGAUCAGAAUAUAUCACAAAAACAGCGCUGUGGAAUAAAUACGGGAAAAAUAAAUGUCGCAAUCGAACAAGUGACAAUGAAAUGUUGAAGGAUCAUAAAUAUAAACGCCUUGACUUAUUGGAACAGAAGAAGCAAAUAGGUAGAUCUCAAGGAGUUAGAUUUCAUUUGAAAGAGAAUGAUAACAAUGAAGAGAAACCGACUAAAAGGAAAAGACCACCUUCUCCUUAUUGUAAAAAUACUGAAAGCAGUCAAGAAGAAUGUGACUCCCCUGAUUCACUUGGAUCUUAUGAGACCAAUAAGAGUGAUUCACAAAAGGAUAGAAAAUUAGCACCAGAUAGAAUUACAGAAACAGAAUCUCAGGAAAACCAUGGGAAAAAUAAAUCUCGCCACGAAGACAACGUUGAAAAUUUGAACGAUCACUAUGAGAAAGAGUACACACGGUACCGGGAGCAUGAAUCAAUGCAUGGUGAUGGAAACGUGAAUAGGGUUAAAAACAGAAAGAUCCCUGCAGUCUCUUAUGACAGAAAAUUACAAAUGAAAGAAACAUCACAGAAUGAUAUUGUGGAACGUAAUAAGCAAACUCUGGGAGCACGCAAAUUAUCCUCAUAUCAACAAUUAUACAAUGAAAAGAAGACCAAAAGUACUCAGGAGGUAUCCACUGCCAAAAGUUCCAAGACCAUGACCAUUGAGGAGUCCAAGCAAAAUACUGUCGAGGAUCAGGAGAACAACAGUAUUGAGAUGAAAUGGAAGCAAAGAGCACAGAAGUUACAGAACUGCAAGACAAAACAAUUAUCCACUAAGAAAAAAGGAUUAACGAAAAUAGUGAGAGAAAAACCUCCACGACCGCCUAAUAAGCCUUUGACUAUACAGCAAGUGCAGAAAACUCAUCAUGACGAGAAGCGGCAACAUAUUGAAGAUGUGGAGGUUCAUCAGAAUAAAAAUACAUCUGAGUUGCUAAUAAUUCACAGAGAUGAUAACAGUGUUCCAUUGACUCCCGGCAGUGAUAAUACAUUUUCGUCAGUAUCCCUCAGUCAUGUUAGUCCAGCUGUUAUUCCCAAUUGUCAGCCAACAGUGAAUCUCAACAUUAAUUUAAAUACGUCUUCAAAUUUUGUCCCAAGUAUAUCUGGUGAUAAUGCACAAACAACUGUUACGCUGGUCCCAUCACGUCACCCAAUGAACCAUGGCUCUUCAUAUUACAAAACCCACAAUAUUUAUAAUGCUCUGCAGCCCCAAAAUCCUGUUCCAUAUCUUCAAGACUAUCAAAGGAUCAUUCGCAAUCCAAACCAGCACAGCAAUGACCCAUCAAAAUUUUCAACAGCUUUCAAUGCACAAGAAAAGGCACAGUAUCAACUCAUGUGUAAUGCACAAGACCCUUUUCAAGCACUCUAUACACAGGCUCAUCAUGAUCUAAUGGUCAAUCCUAACUAUCAUCAGGCUGCAUAUCCUAGAGCAUUAGCAGCAGUUCCUUACAAUCAUACCAGGUCAAAUCCAAUACCUUAUUCAGUGAACCAGGAAAAAGUGAUAAGAGAAGAUGACCAUCUUGGAAAGGAACAUGGAAAUUCGGGGAUCACUACACUACCCUUUCUAACUUCGCAACAACAGUAUUUGGUUCAAUCUCCAAGCACACGGCUCAUUCAGCAAAUGGAAAACAUUUAUAAAGACACGCCACGUCUGGCUCACACACAUCCCAAUUCCUGCCUGGUGCUACCAUCCAUUUAUCCCAUGGCGGAGAGUGACUCCGAACUGGACACUGGAAGAAACAAUAAAAUACCGACAACUAUGACACGCUGUAACUCAGAUGGCUACUUGGCACAAAUGGAGAAAGUUAAUAAGCUCAAGGAAAAUAAAGAUAUCAAGCAGCCUUAUACAAUCCACGACAACAAGGACCUAAAACAGGACGUGAAACUUGGAGGCUUGGGACCUGACUAUACAUCUUCUCAGGACAAGGCAGAGAAAAUGAAACGACAAAAGGAAUAUGCAAAGCAAGUUAACGAACAGAACCUGAAAGGCGGAUGCAAAUCAUCUACCUCCCUGCCGAACCAAUCACCAAGCACUGAAAACAAAAAUAUUACUUCAAGCCGGAAAGUGGCAAUAGAAUAUGCUAAAACGAUUCAAAAACCAACAGUUCCAGCUAAUUCCAAGAUGGCCAGUGAGUUGGAAGAUCAGAAUAAAUUAACAAAACUUGAUCACUGUGUACAAUUGUGCCCACCUGAAAAUACAAUGCUUGAGAUGCUGCAGGAACGACAUGAAAAGGAGAAGCAAAUUGUGGCAGCCUUUAAAGCAAUGCAUGUGACCUGAUGACAAGAAAUAUUGAAACAUUAUAUAUUUAUGGAUAAAUACUGAAAGACUUAUAAUGUCAUGCUAAUUACAAUCUAAGUUUUUUUUUUAAAUAUUGCAAUUGUAUUUGUCAUGUCAUAGAGCAAUCUAUGACAAAUGAUGGAGUCUCUGCAGACUGCAUGAAGAUGGUGAAAGUGAAACUAUAUUUAAAUUAUUUCUAAAAAUAUUUUUAAGUGCAUUUCUUUGAAAUUUUAAAUGUGUAUGAAAUAUCUGAAUAUCUAAACACAGUUAAAUCAGAUUCAAAAUUUCCAUUUAAAUUUGUCCAAACUUAAUCUUGGUGGGUGUUCACAUUUUAUAAUCCUCCUCAAUUUUGUUUUCACCAGGAUUAAACUGAUGUUUGCAACCUUUGAGCUGGUAAUUUCUUGUGAGUGAGAAAUUUGUUUGGGAACCAACAUAUGUUAGUGGUUUCAACCCUGCCACUCCCAGUUAUGUCAUCUUGGUUCAAAGUUCUAAGAGGUGAUAAUUUCAACCUGCCAGAAGUUUUAAAAAAAAGGUUAGUUCUAAUAUCGUAACAAAAUGAAAGUAGUGUACAUAUAUGACCUCAGUGGAGAAUCUGCAACCAUCUAACCAAUUCAGAAAUAUUUGGAAAUUCUGAAUAAUGAGGAUUGGCCUAACCAUUUUGAAUUAAAAUGAUGCAUUCUGAAAUUCAUCUAUUUUCUACAGUGCAUAUAAUUAUAGCAUAGGGGUUAUUUUGAUGACCGAGCUCAUUUUAACAUACUAAUGGAAAACUUUGAAGUGCAUCAUUCACAACUCAAUAUCAUAGCCAAACAUUAUCUCCAGUCACAAAGCAAAUGUUUACCAAAUCCUGCAGAGGAACUUUCAAAUAUAUUGCAUAUUUACUUCUGAUGCCCCUUGCAAUGAAUAGUCUGUAAAAUAGAUACAGUGUAUUUUUGUGUCGCCUCCUCAUAAGCAAUGACUAAUUCAUGCUUUAAAAUUAUUGAAAAUUAAUAAACUCUAGGAUAUGGAAGAAGAGCAGGGAGAGGAUCUAAUUAGUUAACUUCUUUGAAGAAGGAUCAGGUAUAAUGGGCCGACUGGCUUCUGUGCCACAUGAUCCUAUGAUUCUAUAAUAGGGUACAAAACCAAAACAUGAAACGAAUGAGGAAGAUCUUAUAUUGAAUAAAUUACUUUGAUUUUUUUUUUACAAACAAUAGUCACAUUAAAUUUGCCAAAUGGUUAAAAAAGUAAUAAUCUUCAUUAUCAUUGAUAUCACUGUUAAUAGAGAUAAAGCCUGUCAAAGAGAACAUGCACAGAAAUAAUGGUGAAGGCACAGGAAUACUUGGAACUUAUUUAUACCUGAGCGCAAGCAACAUUAAAUUAAAUAGUGGAUUGAUGAGAGAACCUACUAUACAGCAAAGUUCAUUGUAUAAUUCAAUUACAUUUAAAAACAAACUGGUAGGUAGUUCUACACUUUUUCCAGGCCCAUGUGGAUGUAUGUUUUCCAUUGUUCAUCUGAAAGAAAAACUAGGUUAGAAUACAUAAUGUGUUCCUUUGUUACUUCUCUUAUGAUUAUUUCAUUGUAAUAAUUUUUAAAAUGUAAUAAUUUCACUUAAUAAGGAAAAAGAAAAUGAUCAGAUUGGAUCAAUUUUACAUUUAACAUUGUUGCUUUCAAUCCUAUUAAUCCUUAAGACAGCUCUUCCCACUCAAUAACUCAAAUAUCAAAUGUGCAUAGGUCGGAGAGCUGAUACUUACACCUGUGGCCACCCAGGAAAAACAUUGAAUAUGUUCACAAAGUGAGUACAAUGCAUGUGGUCAGAGUAUACAUAAGUUAUUUUUCAUCUGCUGACCAAAUAAUAUGAAAAAUCACAAAAAAUAUCACUGCCCCAUUAUUGAUUGUUUAGAACUAUGAGCACUUUAAAAAAACUUGUGUGUGCGUGUGCACUAUUGUAAUUUUGAUUCAUAGUUUUAAGUUACUUUUAAAAUCCUGACCAAUAUCAUAAUCUUUAACUACAUGGAAUUAUAUAUAUAUAUAUAUAUAUCUUUCAAUUAACUAUGACCAGUUUUGAUCUUUGCAAACAUCAAUCGUUAUUUUCAAUGGGGAAUAAAAAGAUCCAUGUCAUGUUGUAACCUCUGAAUCACAGGGUUGUGAUUCAGCUUAGAGAGAGUGCAAUUCUGUCCUAGGGUGGGGCAUUAGGGCAAAAGCUUUUCUGCACACUUAUAUGUGUGAAAGAUCCAAUAGCUUUAUGUUGACGAUGAGAAGGAGAGGCACAGCCAGUCCCCUGGCCAAUACUUAAUUCUCUAUCAAUAAUAAAGCAUUUGGUAUGGUUACCAUUACAUUGCUCUUUUGGGAGCUUUCUGUGUGUUAUCCCAUUCCUGUGUUAUAAUGGUGGAUACACUUUAAAAAGUAUUUCAUUGCUCUAAUUUGUUUUAGGUUUUGAAAGACCCAAUAUGGAUGCAGUCCUUAAGCAUUUUACUGAAUUUGUGAAAAUUAACAUUUGAUUUAAAACAUUUUUUGGAAUGUAUGAAUUGAAAGCACAUCAACCUCAUUGAUUCAGACCAAUGACCCAUUACCCAUACAAGACCACAAAUUCAUGGAAUUACUGAACCACCACAAGGUUAAUGCUUACUAUGGCUUGUUGAGACUAAAAAUAAUAUAUUUGGAGAAAAUAACAAAUUCUGAGACCAAGACAUAUCCAUUAUAUUUCCAACUAUUGUUAGUGGUCUCUCAAGAGCAAAUGUAAUUUAAACGAUUAAAGCAAUCUCAAUAUGCCAAAGCUUCUUUCUGAUAAGUCUGUUUAAAGUAAAAUCAUAAAACUUUAAAUUGACUGGAAUGAUUAAAUUCUUAGUUUUAUACAUGAUUUCUUGCACAGAGCUGAGUAAAUAUGAUGAGCAGUGCUAAUGUUUAGAAAUAUAUUUUUAUGAAUUAUUCGUCAUUAUAUAUGGGGUUUUUUAAAUACCUUGCUAAUUGUAAUUAAUCCAACUGUGCUCAGAUUGUGAAACCUUUCUUGGUUACCUGCCUGGAUUUCAAUUAAAUGAAAUGUACUCAGUUUUCAAAACUGAUUCAAAUUAUAUCUUUUUUCUUA